AUGUUGCCAAGUCCAAGUUCAUCUCCCCAACAGCCGUUGGAAAACCGGACGAACCUUCCACCCAAGGGGCUCAAGGUUCAAACAUCAUUAAAGUCCUUUCUCCUCACACCCCCAGACGAGAAGAAACCAAAGAGACAAGCCCUUCUUACCAGCUUUGGGCCCAACAAAAGGAUAAAACUAGAGCUCAGCUCAAAUAGCUUGGACUCGGAAGACGCGUCAAGUAGCGAUAGCGACUAUGAAGACUCGGACGAUGACGUGGAAAUGGCGGUCCAGCGACCCCAGCAUCCCUUCCAACAGCAGUCAAGGUUGCUGAAUAGGCCUGGAGGUCAUGUAAAUGUCGAGAAACUACGGCCAUCGACGAAUCCCAUUCUUCGCUCUUUCGUGUCCUCGCACAAGGCAGACGUAUUUAAAUGCACGUCUACGAACCCAGACCGGUACUUGACGCCGCCGUACGCAUGCGCAUACUCCAAUCGCUCGAAACAUGGUACAGAGUCUCUGUUGGCAGUGGCGGAUGAAGAAGGUACCGUGACCAUACUCAACACUACCAAAAGACGCGAUUGGGAUGACGCCCCACCGACAAAGAAACUCCAUUCUCACCAAAAUGGCGUCUUUCAAGUCAAAUGGAGCGAAGACGACGAGACUGUAGCGACCUGCUCUGGUGACCAAUCCAUCCGCAUCACCAACAUCGAAACCUCAGCUAUCACUCAUGUUCUCAGAGGUCAAACCAGUACAGUCAAGGUUGUCUCCUGGGAUCCCGCGCACAGGCAUCUCCUCGCGUCCGGAAGUCGCGAUGGUACGAUAAACGUCUGGGAUCUCCGAAUGGGGGAGACGUAUGGAGAAGACGGGCUUCAAGUCGUCAAACCGUGCCAGUCAAUACAGCGCGCCCACCUGGCUAAGCAGGGUCGGAAAGCCCCAAAGAAGAAAUCCUUGCCAGUGCCCGGAAUUACGAGCAUCCUCUACCCCGAAGGCCACACCUAUGGGAUCGUUAGCAGUGCGACAUCCGACGGUGUGCUCAAGUACUGGGAUCUGCGUUUCCUCACUGACCGAACCCCCUCCAAACGAGGGAGGGGUAAAGGGAGAGGGAAACCGAAAGCACCUGCUGAACUCUUCUCCACCGAGUUGGAUCCAACCACAUUACACGGGUCCCGUCGACCAAGAGGAAUCUUGAGCAUCACAACCGGACGAGGACCAACAGCCGGGCUCGUCUUUGCACUCGGUGCAGACUCGCGCAUCCACACGUACUCCCUUCCCACUCUACAACCGUAUACCAACGCCAGCCGGCUGCACAACAACUCAAGCUCGUUCUAUGUCACACUAUCGGUUUCCCCGUGUGGUAGAUGGUUAGCAAGUGGAGGUGCAGAUGGGAAAGCUUCACUGUUCGAUGUCGCCAACAGUCCCUUUGGCGUGCCGGCGCCUGCGGUCGAGUUAAAGGCCCAAGAAGGAGAAGUGGGUGCUGUGGAUUGGUCGCACGAUGCUUUGGCUACAUGUGCCGACGAGGGAACGGUGCGGAUAUGGAGACCAGAUAUCGAUGUGUAUCGCCAAUGUCUCGAAGAUCCGGAAGAGAGCCGGUGGAAUUGGGCUUGGUCAUCUUCGUAG